AUGGCAGCGAUAACUGCCUUUGAAGAAGCUGUCGCUGAAGCUGUCGAUGCCGUCGGCUCUGGAGUCGCCGUGGUAGUUGUCGUCUAUGCUGGUGAGGUUCUUCACUCCACUGGAGAAUGGCUUCUCGCUGACACAACAUUCUCUGGGGAGCAGCUGCAGAUGUGGCUUGAUUCCAGUGCUGCCGCGGCCUGGCAACCCGAUAUUCAAAAGUUGACCACUGCCCCCAGUGGUACAGAGCCAAUCAACAUCGUCGUCUGCACCCCGAGCGCCGGUGCCAAGACUCGUUGGCCAAUGGCAGCCAUCCCCGGAGGUAGCACCCAACUCGUGAUGCUCUCCAAGUCUCGCCGUUUGCCUGUACAUCUUCAAACCAUGGCUUCGUGGAGGGCAAACGGAAAGCUUCCUGCCGCGCCGUCGAAUGCCACCGAAGCCGAACAGGAAUUCACUCUAGCUCAGAGAUCCUUCAAGCACGCCCCACCUGCUCUCUAUCUGCUGCCCAGCGGUCAUGGAGGUGUCCAAACCCAGGCUUGCGGGCUCUUUGUUGUUCAGGGUGUGAAUGUCCUUCUGGGCUCAGCUUUCGCCGAACACAAACCGCCACAGUGGUGGCAGCUAGUGCGCAGCCUAGAUCGUCUAGACGCUGCUAUUUUCCCCGACUGGUCUGCCGCAAGCAUUCAGAGCUAUCGCUUCCUUACCAAACACCUCCUCUACGCUACUUCCGCCUCAUACUCCGCCAACUGGCUUGGCUGCCUUUUCACCCCAGCCCCCAUUGAACCAGGUGUUGAGUCACCCCUCCUCCUCACUCCGCCAACAACGGCCACGACCACCGCUGACCCUCACCGCCUCCGCUACCUAUCUGCUCAGCCGGAACAGACUCGUCUCUUCUACAAAAUUGGAGUAGGUGAACUCAGCCUCAAGUAUCUGGGCGCUAGCGUCGGUGUUCUACUAGUUUGGCAUCCAGCUCCUGGUGAGGGGAAGGCUAAAAUAGCUUCACCGUUGACUAUCUUUCUGCCAGUGGUUCACUCCCCUGAGGCGUCGGUUUCGCCUGUCAGUCUAUUGGCCGGGCUGGUGAGAAUGCUUAGGAAGGCACCGGAGACUAAUGUGGAGGGCGCUAAUGCAAUUACAACUGCAACUCCGACAAAGAGGACGACAUUGGCGUCGACGGCAGCGAAAUCGCCAGGAGUGGCGAGUAGAACAGUAAACAGUACGCCGUCGAUGAAAACGCACGUAAACGGAACCCUGAGAAACUUAACUUCAGCUUCUACAAAGCCCCUGGCUUCAAAGUCCACUCCCACGAGAACCCUCCCAUCACGAACCCCGAUGACCAGGCCUGUUGUGCCUUCAAGAACCGUGUCUUCUACUACACCGAGAACUAAAACAACAACGAUAACGCCUCGUCCGGCAACUUCUACUACCCGUCCUACUACCACCACCAUCACCACCCCACGAGGUAGAGCAGCCCAUCCUACAACAACCAGACCCUCUACGACGGGUAUUAAAGCAAAAAUAACACCUUUGUCUAAGAAGUCGCCCGAUGAAAAGCGUCCGACACCCACUUCUAAAACCGAGGUAAAGUUGGUAGAACAUGCAGCCAAGGUUGCCAAAGCGACUGCGGAGAAAACGGGUCAUGAGAUCAAGUAUGCGCCAUCUGGAAGACCCUCAAAUCUGCCACCAAGGCGGAAAGUAGGGGAGAAGACUGUAAUGGAGGAGUUAAAUGAACUGCCAGAGGUAAUGAAGACCCCGGCGACGGAUAGUCUUGCCGAGGUUGUGAAACAGCAGCAGCAGGGGCAAGAGACGGAGGAGGAAGUUUCUUAUCCCGAUAGUCUGCGUGCUGAGGAGACAGAAACGAAAGAAGCUGCCAUGACACCAAACAAAACAGAGCCAGCAAAAUUUGUGGUUAGUGCUGAACACCACGAGGUGCCUGAGGCCGAACCUGUGCCUGCAUCUCAUGAGGAAAUUUUGAAAUCGCCAGCAAGCUUAGAUUUCGCAGUGCCUGCAGUUGCAGAUAAUCAUGGCGUAAUUACACCGAAAGCUGAUGAUCCAAAGUCACCGAUGGGAGCAGGUCUUGGUGUUGAGCAACACCAAGAAGACCUAGGAGUUUCAUCGGGAUCUCCGAUCGAGUCGAUAAUUGGAAAAUCACCAGCUGGAAUGGACCUUGCAAUGUCUUCAGCUUGUGCUGAACACCACAAAGAUCCCGAAAUGGAAGUGUCAACAUCAUCGGUUGAUAAGGGUCUUGUGUUUGAUUCUGGAGCUGACGAACAUCACAAAGAAUUUGUAAUGUCGAAAUCAUUAGCUGCUAUGGUGACGUUGAAGUCUCCAACAGGAAUGGAAUUUACAAUGCCUCCUGGUGUUGAUGAAAAUCACGAAGAUUUACAUGCUCAUGAGGUUGGAUCAAAGCCUCCUUUUCAUGAAGAGGUUUUUGAACCCAAGUCUUCAUUCCAUGAUGAAAUCUCGAGAUCUUCAGCAGGAAUGAAAUCCGAAAUGCCUCCUGGUUUUUACGAACAUCACGAAGACUCCGAAAUUUUGAAGUCGCCAGCUGAUAUCAGAGUUUCUACAUUUUCAGUUGAUACACAUUUAACCAAGCAAAGUGGCACUGAACAUCACGAAGAAUUCAGGGUUUUACACUCUUCUGGAAACACUGAUGCCCACAAGGAUGUAGAGAUCGCUCAGUCUCCUAUAAUCGUGGAUUUCGAUAAUGCGAAGAAGCAUCAGCCGGUUGAAUCAUACAUUUCUAGAUCCCAAGCUUACUUUGAGCGUGAAAUCUCGAAAUCUCCAGCUGGUAUGGAGUUUGCAGUUCCUUCUGGUGAUGCCACAUGCUGUGAAGUCGUCGACGCUUCGAAAGCUUCUAUCGCCGAGUCCACAUUGCUAUCGGGAUCUCCAGAGCUAGACGGGUCUCUUAAAUCAAAUUUCCCACCCUCCAGCCUUGGCGAUCACACCAUGGAGGUGACGAAAUUCCAGGAACAAUCUUAUGCACAACCACAAACAGCGACAACUGAUGAUGAAUUCCCAGUACACGAGAUAAGUGUUGGAGGAGGAAAGGUCAUUCCAGAGGUUACAGAUCACAUAGAUUCCAUGGAGUCCACACCGGAGAACAUGCCUCCGAUCCAUGGUGAUUUGAUGUACCAAUUGCGGACGGAGUGUACUUCACAGCCAGCGGAUUCGACGACUUAUGAUGGACCGCACAUUGGAUUUAUGGACGUUGCUGCUGGUAGGCCGGUAGACGAAAACAUCCACACUCCCAGUUCCGAGGCAUCCAACGGCUCUAUGAUCCACACCGAAGCUGCCCCCAUUCCACCUGGAUUCAAACCGGAAGUAGUCUCCUCUUCCUCCCCUGCCAUCAACGUCGCAUCACCACAGUCAGGAGCACCUUCCGGUUUCUCUAGCCAACAUCCUCUGCUCUACAGCCAACAUCAGUCUGAAAGUUUUGAAGGAGAGGAAGAAACAGAGGCAUCCUUCCAUCAGAAGUUCCCUACUGCUGCUGUAGGCGGGACUGGAGAUAUGGAAGUGCCAUCUUGUAAGGAGGCUGAGUCAUCAGAGAAGCCCGUAGGUAGCAGUGAUAGUAGUGGUGCAGUGUUUGAUCCGCUGACUCAGUGGGGACAUCCACAGGGAAUUCCAGUUCCAGUGUUGCCUUCCAGAACGAUAUUGGUUCGUCCUUCAAGACCUACAACUGCUCGCUCGGCUGCUCUGGGCACGAAGGCUCCCGCAUCUUCCACAACCUCCAAAGCCCCAGAGACUCUUUCCCCAGGUUCACCACUCCGGCUAGAUGUUAUCUGGGUCCCAGGCUAUAUAAUCCGCGUGCCUUUUGCCAUGGCGACGCAAUUUUUCACCCAAGUCCGGGCCCGGGUCUAUGUGCUCUCUGGGGAGUGUCUGCACCCCAUCACGGGGGAGGCGCUUAUUGCUGGAAUCUCCAAGUGGAAGCCAGAGGAACGUGAAGCAGUAACAAAGAUGAGCGGCGGUCGAGGUGUUGAAGGUAUCAACGUAGUUCCCACCGACGAGCCUCUGGAAUGGGUGCGUUGGUUGCGUCGAAGUAGAGGUGGAAGUGGUGAUGGCAGCGGUACAGGUGAGGAGCGUCUCCAAGCCGUUGAAGUGACCGUCCAUUCCUCUGCCACUCUCUCUGAUAUCCACUUCUCCGACCAUGGAAUCGAGAUCACUUGUCCAGGUACCCAACUACCCGUCUAA